AUGGCGCGCAAGUACAAGAACCCCAUGACCAACCCGCUGCACUAUGCGACGCCGCAGCUCCUCACUGGUGCGCCGGCGACGUACACCACGGCUCAGCGAAAGCUACUCGGAUACGACUAUGUCAUUGUCGGCGGCGGCUGCGCUGGCUGCGUGCUCGCCUCCAAACUGUCCGAGGACGCGGACGUGACGGUGCUGCUCCUGGAGGCGGGCGGCCCGCACACGGGGAUCCUCGAGUCGCGCGUGCCGCUGCUCUUCUCCAAGCUCUUCCACGGCGAGCACGACUGGGACUACAGCACGGUGGAGCAGCCGGGCCUCGCGUACCGGCGCAUGUUCUGGCCGCGCGGCAAGGUGCUCGGGGGCUCGACGUCGAUCAACGCCAUGAUGUACCACCACGGCUCCAAGUCCGACUACGACGAGUGGGCCGGCGCGCUCGGCUGCGCGGGCUGGUCCUACGCCGACCUCGCGCCGUACCUGCGGCGCAUGGAGAACUUCACCGCCAACCCGGCGCGGCCCGCCAUCGACCUCCAGCACCGCGGCACCGGCGGCGAGUGGCAGACGGGCUACUCGACGCUGUCGCCCAUGGUCGAGCGCGGCUUCCUGCCGGCGUGCGCCGAGGUGGGCAUCCCCGCCAACCCGGACAUCAACACCGAGGCCGGCACGCUCGGCGUCACGCGCUUCCAGACCUUCAUCGACAGCAAGGGCGAGCGCUCGUCCAUGGCCACGGCGUUUCUGACGCCCGAGGUGCUGCGCCGCCCGAACCUGUACGUCGCCUGCCACGCGCACGUCACGCGCGUGCUGUACGACCGCCUCGACAGCGACAAGGAGCCCGCGGCCAUUGGCGUCGAGCUCAUGACCAAGCGCGGCGGCGAGCGGUACGAGGUGCACGCCCGCCGCGAGGUCAUCCUGUCGGGCGGCGCCGUCAACACCCCGCAGACGCUGCUGCUGAGCGGCAUCGGGCCCGCCGCGGAGCUGGGCAGGCUCGGCAUCUCCGUCGUCAAGGACAAUGCCGCCGUCGGCCGCAACAUGAAGGACCACCUGUGCCCGACGGGCGUGGUGCUCAAGAGCAAGACGGCGCACACGUACGACUACCUCAACGACAACAUCAAGGCCAUCCCCGCGCUGCUGCGCUGGCUCGUCACCGGCGGCGGCCCGCUGUCGAGCAACGUCGGCGAGGCCGCCGCCUUUAUCCGCACCGUCGACCACCCCUCGCCCGCCACCAAGCCCGAGAACCGGCCCAAGGACUACUCGUCGGGCGGCGUCGGGCCGGAUGUCGAGAUCCUCGGCGCGCCGAUUGCCUUUAUCCACCACGGCGAGGAGCAGGCGCCUGCAGGGGCGGGCAUCUUCUCCGUCGGACCGUGCCUGCUGCGCCCGCAGAGCGUGGGUACGAUUACGCUCAAGACGGACGAUCCGUUUGAUCACCCCCUCAUCGACCCCAAGUACUUUAGCGACGAGGGCGACAACGACCGCAAGGUGAUGCUCGCGGCGCUGCGGCUGGCCAUCAAGAUUGCCAACAGCGCGCACUGGAAGGAGUUUGUCGAGCCCAUUGCGCGCAACGACAGCCCGGGCCAUCUGUGGUGGCCCUCGUCGAGCAGCGACCCGGACAGCAUCAGCGACGAGCAGCUGCUGGCCUUUAUGAAGGAAAAGGCCUUUACGCUCUACCACCCAGUCGGCACGGCGCGCAUGGGGCCCGUCGAGGCUGGUAAUAGUGUCGUCGACCUCGAGUGCCGCGUCCACGGCGUCGGCCGGCUGCGCGUCGUCGAUGCCAGCGUCUUCCCGGAGCAAAUCAGCGGACACCCGACGGCGGUGAUUGGUGCCAUUGCGUACAAGAUGAGCGACGUCAUCAAGAAGACGUUUACGCCGGCCGGACCGCCCCUGGCCAACUUGUAA